UGAUAGUCGGGGCACCCGACUAUAGCGUUCUCUCUUGUUUUGUAAUGAUUUGUGCCUUUAAUGCCUUUGAAUAAAAUUCAAUAAUAUUAUAAUUUAUGUGAGAAUCUCGGCACAAUAAUCAUUAAAUUAUUUUGAAUAAUGUAAAAAUAAAGUCGAGUUAAUAUAUUCAAAUUAUUACCUUAUUUUUUACUUUAAUAAGUACUUCCGAUGAUUGACUUGCACUAUCUCAAGGAAAUGGAAGAUAAAAUUUACUUAAUCGUAAGCAAGUUAAAUCUACAAGUAUAAUCGUGGAAAACUGGUUUAUCACCCAAUUUAAAAGCAUUUUUUUUUAAUAUUAUAAAUGAGAAAUUCUCCAAUAACUGAUCAGUUUGAUUCUAACAAUGUUCGUCAACAGACUUGAAAUAUUUGCGCUUCUCACCUUGGCUUUAAUGAGCCGUGCUAGCGCCAACCAUCCCUUUGACUUUUUUGAAGGAACCCUAGACGAUUUUGAUGAUUGUCUGGAAAUUAAUAAUAUUACCAUUGAGGAGUACGAAAAGUUUGAGGAGUUUGAAAACUUGGAUAACGUGCUCAGCGAAAAUGUGAAACUGAAGUACAAGUGCAACAUAAAAUGUCAGCUGGAAAGGGAGCCAACAAAAUGGCUGAAUGAUCUGGGUAAAAUUGAUGUGGGUUCAAUGAACGCCACCAGUGAGGCAGCGGAAUCCAUUACCAAGUGCAUGGAUCAGGCUUCUAAGGAACCCUGUGCUUACGCCUUUAAGCUAGUUAUUUGUGCUUUCAAGUCCGGUCACUCCGUCAUCGAGUUUGAAUCAUAUGAUCGUGUACUAGACGAAACCUCUGAACUGGCUUCGGAACAGCAGUCAGCUCUUGACGAAUCCGAUAUUAUAGAUGUUGUUUGAAACAGACCAUUGAAACGUACCAUAUUUAUUGUGAAAAUCACAGUUCAUAUUCCUACAAACAAAUGUAUAAAAUUCAACAAAGUGUCGCCAUAGUUGGUCAGGGCAAUAAAUUUUAAUUAGAAAAACGGGAAAAAAA